AUGGUUGGAGGCCGGCCCCUCGCGCCCUCCGCCGCCGCUGCCCAGGCGGCCGCCGCCGAGGUGCUGGCCGCCCUGGCGCCGGCCCUGCCGCCUGCAAUGCUGUGCUCCACCCCAGGCCUGCUUGGCGGCCUGGCUUCCCUGGUGGGCACCAUGGAGGCCGCAGCCCGGGCCCUCGAUGACAUCACCAGGCUGGGUGGGGAGGACGCGUGCGCAGCUGUGCUGCGCAGCGCGCCUGAUUUGCUGAGCGCCCUGUCGGCGGCCGAGGCCGGCGGCGGCGACGCGGGGGCGGCCGGCGUGGCGGCACGCCUGCGGCUGCGUCUUGAGCGCCAGCAGCGGCGGGCGGGGCAGCUGCAAGACAAGAUAUGCGCGGUCUGCGGCCGCGGCGCCGGAGAAGGCUUCAAGCUGCGCAUGUGCAGUGGCUGCAGAGCCGUCAGGUACUGCUCCGAGGCCUGCGCCAAGUCGGCCUGGCGUAGCGGGCACAAGGCAGAGUGCGGCCAGCUGCAGCAGGAGAGGGUGCAGAGGGGGCAGUGA